GGGGGAUAUUCAUAACUUUGUCUUCUUGUUAUGUUUACAUAGAGGGGUGAGGGUAUAGGGUUAUGUUUAGGGUAAGGCAGGCUUUCUAUAAAAACAAUCUGUUCUUAAGCAUAGAAUGAUAGCAAAUGGGGGUUAUGGGCAGAAAUCUUUCCCAUGAUAGUCCAGCAUAGAGCUAGAUGACUUUGCACAUGAACUAGGUCUUGUUUGUCAUGUACUGAUAGUUCUCUGUUACUUCAGGUAGCUGGCCAUGUCCUUGCUAGUUGACAAUGAUGACACAUGUAUUUUUGUCGGAGGGUUAAGGAGAGACCUGCCACCUCAUGAGUUGAAAGGUAACCUAACCAUCUUGUUCACAUGCCUCGGCCUCGGCGUCGGCCGCUCCCUCGACAUCAGAAGACUCCAUAUAGACGUCAUCAACAACAAGAAAACAGACUACUGCUAUGCAUUUGUUGAUCUGCAACAUGUUGACACAGUGAAGUACGUUCUUCAUCGCUUGAGUUCUGAGACUAACCGAGCAGGUGUCAAUUUUCACUUCACCUCAAUACAAGACCCAUACAAGCAUCUCAAGGUUGAGAAGAAGAAACCACCAAAACAACCCCCACGGCGAAUAGUUGACCGCAGUCACAAUGGUGCUUACAGUGGCACCGAACCACAGUUCUCAUUGGCUGAUAAGGUCAAGAAACUUCCAUUCUCAAGUCCGACUCAUCAGGGCAAUCAUGCACAGACUUCAACCAAGGGUCUGGCGAAACAAACAUCAAAACCAGUCUUACCACCACUUGAAAGUGUUCAGGUGUCCAUGGCUACAUCAGUCAGUGGACUGGGUCCCAAUGCACCAAAGCGUUUCUAUCAUUACCGGGAAACUUUAGGCAAUGAGACUCGGACUGCUGAGUUCAAACAGGGAGGGUUUGUUGCAAGUGAACACAUUUUACAGGAAACUAUUGGGAAGUAUGUAUGUGGAUUUCUCAACACAAAUGGUGGGACAUUGUUCAUCGGUGUAGACAAUGAUGGCUAUGUAGUUGGUGUUGUGUGCAACCAGCAAGAUGAGGACAAACACCGACUGUCCAUAGAUCAUGCCAUCAAGUCCAUAAGUCCAACAUUGCUACCCAACCUGUACACUGUCGACUUUGUACCAGUCCUGGAUAAAGCCAACUCUUUCUCCUCGAAUUUAAAGGUCCUAGAGGUGAAGGUGAAGGACCCAGAUGAUCAUGGUGAGCUGUACCUGUACCAUGGUGAGGCCUUUCUGCGUCGGGAUGGCAGUAUUCAGAUGCUGAAAGCCCGGGAAGUACGAGACUGGGAGAGACAGAAAAGGGAGAAGUCUCAGGAAGGCCGGGAAGAAGUCAUGGUGAAGCUGAUGGAGAAGACAAAUGAGCUGCAGGACCUACAGAAGCAGAUGUUGGAGGUAGUGCGAAGGAACAAGAAGUCCAAUGUCUGCUCUGUUAUGUAGCCCGGAACCUUCAGCAAUGUCUUGUGUCAGUUUUGUAAGGAUGAUCAGCCUUGAUACUUUUACGUCUGUGUGAUUUAGAACUCAUUUAUUUUUCAAAAACAACAUGAUUACAGUUGUAUAAAGAGUUUAAAGGAAAUAUUU